AAGCAUAAUUAAUACCAAUAUUACUAAUAUAAAUAUUAUUAAUACAAUACAUUGCAUUAUUCUUAAAUACUCUACCAAACAACCCCGCCAAACGGAUGUUCAAUACAUAUGAGAAACCACCAGAAAGCCUGAAAAAACAAUUCAAAAAGAACUGGUAAGAGGGGCAAAGGGACAGAAGUGAAUUAGGCAAUCUGUCCCUCUGUCAUAACAAAAUCGAUAAACUCCAUUCUUUUAAAACCCCCAAAUUACCUAAAUCAGAUCGAAGUGUCAGUUUCAGAGAGUUCUGAAACUUGGAGAAAACCCAUAUUUGACCAUUUCUACAGACACCCUUUUAUACUGAAUCUUGAUCAUCAUGUCUUCUUUAAUUUUUAUGCUCUUUUUUGCUCUUUCCUUUUCUGUUUCGACUGGAUCUCAACGUGGAAUUCUUAGGGUGAUUAGUGGUAAAGAUGGAGAGAAGCCUGACUUUGCUGUUGAAUUGAAUGCCACCAACUUUGAUUCUGUUCUUAAAGAAACUCCUGCACCAUACGCCAUUGUUGAAUUCUUUGCUCACUGGUGCCCUGCUUGCAGAAAUUAUAAGCCACAAUAUGAAAAGGUUGCAAGACUCUUCAAUGGACCAGAUGCCAGUCAUCCAGGAAUCAUAUUAAUGACAAGGGUAGACUGUGCAUUAUCGAUAAAUUCUAAUCUUUGUGAUAAGUUCUCUGUGAAGUAUUACCCUAUGCUUCUCUGGGGCCCUCCCAAGAAGUUUGUUGGUAAUGGGUGGGAUCCAAAACAAGAAAAUAGUGAAAUACUCGCCGUUGAAAAGGGACGCACAGCUGACAUCCUUCUAGGCUGGAUCAACAAACAACUGGGAAGCUCAUAUGGCUUCGGUGAUGGGAAGUAUGAGAAUGAGCAUCUCCAGAGGAACUCUUCGGAUCCUGCCCAGAUUGCCAGAGGUAUAUAUGACGUUGAGGAGGCAACUUCUACUGCCUUUGGCAUCAUUCUAGACCAAAAAAUGAUUAACUCAGGCACUCGGGCUUCACUUAUAAAAUUCCUUCAACUUUUGGUGGCUCAUCAUCCGUCUAAGAGGUGCCGGAAGGGAAGUGCAGAUAUAUUGGUUGACUUCGAUAAUCUGUGUCCAUCAGAAAUAUGGUCAGCGAAUAAUGAGGAGGUGGACAUUUGUAGCAAAAAGGGUGCAUUGGGAAAUUACCAAAUUUGCGGGAAAGAGGUUCCUCGUGGAUAUUGGAUGUAUUGUCGUGGCAGCAAGAAUGACACCAGAGGUUUCAGUUGCGGUUUGUGGGUGUUGUUACACUCACUCACUGUAAGAGUUGAGGAUGGAGAAAGUAACUUGGCAUUCAGAACUACAUGUGAUUUUGUAUACCACUUUUUCGUCUGUGAGGAAUGCAGGCAACACUUCCAUGACAUGUGUACAAGUGUAUCUAGUCCUUUCAAGAAAGCGCGUGACUAUGCCCUCUGGUUGUGGAGUGCUCACAACAAAGUUAACGAGAGACUAAUGAAAGAUGAAGAAUCACCAGGAACAGGUGAUCCUGAAUUUCCAAAAGUUAUUUGGCCUCCAAAGCAGCUUUGUCCAUCAUGCUAUCUCAACCCAGGCAAAACGAGCGAUGAAAAUAGUAAGAUUGAUUGGAACAAGGAUGAGGUCUUCAAAUUUCUGGUUAGUUACUACGGGAAAGAGCUAGUGAAUCUCUACGAGGACGUCAAAGAACUGCAAGCAGGUGGUAGUACCCAAAAAACAGUGAACGAGGAGCUGGUAGCAUCAACUGAUGCAGUUGUGGUGCCACUGGGAGCUGCAUUGGCAAUUGCAGUCGCGAGCUGUGCAUUUGGAGCGUUAGCUUGCUUUUGGCGGUCUCAGCAAAAGAAUCGGAAGCCGAGAAGAAGCUGGAACUGAGUGUAUUAAACGGUACAGAUCUACACAUGGUGUAUGUAAAAUUCAGAUACAAGUCAAGCGAGGCGCAAAGUAGGAAACAAACUGUGAGGAUUCUAAUGUGGAUCUCUACUGCUAUAGAUUUUCCAUUAUACAUCUUUUUUCAUUUCCUAUUUUUUACAAGUGGAGUGUACAGAUUUACUUUUGAAGUGUAACUGGACAAAGAUGUUAUGUUGAGAACCUCCAUUUUUCACCUCUA